UGCAAAUGUGGCGAUGACAAAGUCGGCAGUGUGGUGUAAAUCUAUAAUAGCAAAACAUCACUGGAUUAAUAGAACAGCAAAUAAUAUUUUUUGGAUGAUGCAAUGAAGACAAAAUCACACCAUCACUUGACGCAGGAAUGUCAGUUUGCCCAGAGUUUACGCAAAAUGCCUGGAGGAAAGAGUUAUGUGCUAAUUGUCAAAGACCCAAAGGAGAACAUUCUUCAUCAAUUGAUCUUUCCUGUACAGCUAAAUCAUCACCCAAACCUACCAAACGCACAUCUGUGAUAUUCAGACCUGGACAAAAUGGAAGCUCAGAUGAUAAGCUAGCACUGACAGACAUUGAAAACGGUAAUAAUCUGGAACAUCAGUCAAGUAAUGUAAAUAUACUUGAUAAUUCACCACCAAGAAAGAGAAAUCUAAAAAGUGCUUUGUCCAAUUCAAGUACCAAAAAACUGAAAAAUGUGAGAACCUAUAAAGUUUUAUUUGCUGAAGCGUCAAGUGUGAUAGGAUUUGAUGGAGGUUUGGACAAUCUUUAUGAUGAUGAUGAUGAUGACGUUCAAUUAUCUGAUUCAGAUACAGCCAUUGACUUUAGUUUCAAUAAAGAGGAAAAGGAGUUUGCUAUGUUAGCUUUAGAAAAUACAUUAUGGAAUGCCGAAAUUAGCAACCUUCGUUCUGACUUAGACAAAAGAAAAUCUAAGUCAACUUGUAAGGAAUUUGAAGACAUACGUGUAGAACUUCUGUCUUUGUGUGAUCCAGCUCGUUUUCCUAAUCUCAGAGACUGCGAUGCCAUUUCUUCUGAUUCUGUAAAUUAUGGUACUUUUCCUGUUCGUAGAAAGAAUAUAAAUACUAAUAAAGUGCCAAUAGACAAUUUUUUUGUUUCUUCAUCAUGUAAAAUGUCCUCGGACAUUGAGUUCCUUAGAAUAGCAGACAGUGUUGAUAAUGCUGAUAGUGAAUCAUCGGGAUCGGAACACUAUAAAACUCUGUUGAGUGGGGUUGAUAAAGUUAAAUCGUUAACUCCAUCAAGUAACUCUUCUUUUUCAUCUGAGAGUGAUCGAUCAUCCAACUCAGAUUCCAAUGUGAAAAAAACGUCCACUAUCGAUGAAAUAGCUGUUCCUUAUAAAAUAGUUAGUGUGAUAACUAGGAAUUACAGUUUUUCAGAAAUUAAACCAGACUCUAAAGAUAAGGACGAAUCAUAUACAAUGGAUGAUAUAACAGAGUGUUUGUAUGGAACAGGCGAUGGUGACACAUUAACAGAAACACCCAAAAAAGAAAAACCAAACAUUAUGACUAAGUCUUUCUCUGAGGAUAAAAGUGGGAAAAAACCUCCACCCAACCCGAAGUUAAAGAAAACUGUUUCAGAAAAUGUUCCCCAAAAUGAGAGUUUUGAUGCUGCUGGAAUGGAAGUGGUUGAUAUGUUAAAUGAUGUCUUAUCUCAUUAUAGUGAAGGAGAUGAUUUUAAAGAUUUGCGUGGAUCAAUGUCAAGAAAAGAUAAAGCCAAGAAAUCAGCUGCUUUCGAGGCCAGGAUGGCAUCUGUUGCUGCUAAUCUGGACCUGCAGAAACCAAAAGGUAAAAGACCUGCUCCUCGACCUCCCAGUUCACCUCCACCUGAACCUCAGGUUUCACCCACCAAAAAAUUGGCCAAUAAAAAUGAACAAGAGCCAAUUUUUAAAAUGGUUCCUUUAAAUAAAGCUAUAUUAGCUACUCCCCCACCAGAUUCACCCAUUUCUAAAUCCAGGAAUGAUUCUACAUCUAGUAUAGAAGAACAUCUUUUCAAUGAUAAUGGUGAAAAUACUAGAACCUUGUCAAAGACAGAAAAUGGAAAGUCUAAGCGUGGCAUCACCUCUUUCUUUAGAAAUAUUUUACGAAGAGGUAAGGAAUCCCCUGAAGCUAUUGAAACAUCAAAUCCAGACAUAACACUGAUGAAAGCUGAUCUGAGAGCCGAAACGUCAUCAUCGUCCAUUACUGAAAGUGAAACGACAUCGGAAGACUUUAAAUCAUCACCUUCACUGAAGAGAAGCUCUAAAUUUUCACCUCAGCCAAAGUUCCGGGUUCUACCUCCUAGCUCUAGUCCUGGUACAGACAAUCUACCUGAUCAUAAUAAACAAAACAGUGGUACAGCUAGUCCUCCAGCUACACCUAAAACUAAAAGUUCCUCUAGUCCAAAAUUAAAGCGAGAUCGUGUACCAUUUUCGUCUCCAGUACAGCAUAAAUCCUCUUUGGAUCAAGUCAGUGAAGAAGCUCAAAAACCUGAACCAGUGAAACCAGUGGCAGCUCCCAAACCUGAAGUAUCAGCUAAACCAGUUGUCAAAUCUGGUGAUGAUGUGGUUGUCAGACGACGUGCCAAAAGUCCAAAAAGAACAGCGCCACCCAUUCCCCCGCCUAAAAGAACCUCAAUUCCUAAUCCUAAUAGAAGUUCGAAUGCUAAUAAUCCUAAUUUUGCUAAGGAGUUAGAAAGGCGCUUAAGUCGACCAGUGGAUAUGAAUACAAUUGUAGAGGCUCGUAGGUCUAUCACUGUUGAUAAAAUGGGACCACCUCCUUCCCCACCUAAAAUUUGUGCAUCACCAGUUGAAGAAGAAACAGAAUCAGAACCAUCCUCUCCAACAACUACUGAUAUCCCUGAAGUUAAUGAAGAAACAUUUCCAGUAGAAAAGAUAGAAUUACCAACAGCUGAUAAACAAUCAAGAAAAACCUUCCUUGGAAAAUUAAGUAAACCAAAAACACGGGCACCUCAACCUCCAUCUGUGAAAAGGGCCAAAUCCAUCAAUGACUCAACAUUACCACGCAUGGAACGAAAAAACAAAGGAAAGAAAAUAAAUGUAGCAGAUAUUUCUGGACCGGUGAUGGUAACAGACAUAGCAAAUAAUAGAAUAUUAGAGAACCGACGUAAUACUAUAUCAUUGGGCGAUGAACCAGCUUUUACUACAGGUAUAUCUCUGGAAUCGGAAGCCGGUGCCGACAACUCAUGUAGUUUUGAAGAUCUUCCAAUCAUCUCUCCUCUAGGCUCAUUGGAAAACCUUUACGAGUCCAUUUUGCCCAAAUUUGGUGGACGUCCUCACUGGUACGAUCCUGUUAAAGAUGACAAAGAUAAGAAACCAGUAAAAACAAUUCCUGUCGAGGGAUACCUCGAACCAGUGGCUUCCCCAAAUCCUAUCAGUACUGCUGCGUCAUCAAAUACGCUUACCCUUAGUCAAACAUCAGUUAAUACAUUACAUACGAGUACAGUCAGUUUUAACUUGAUGACAACAAGUAUGAUAGAUCAUCAAAAUAUACCCAAUUUAAACAGUGCUUGCAUGUCCUCCAGCUUCUGUUCUAGUUCUACACUCCCCCGAGCUUCCAAAACCAAAUCGAACAAGAAAAUGUCGAGUAGCAUGUUAGGUAACAAUGCUAUGACUAUGAGCACCAUUGGUUCUCUUAGCUCCAGUUCUAAUCCUUUAACAGUUAUUGAACAUGUUGAACCAGACCCAGCACCUACAAAACAUGAUGAAUCUCCUAAAAGUGAUGAAGAGAGACGUAUUCUGUUAGCAUCCCAACCUAUUUAUGAAGAAAUUAAUGGGUAUUAUAAAUUAGAAGAAGACGACGAUGAAUCCACUAUUUCUCAAGCUUCAUCACAAGUGACGCAUGUCACUGAAACAGAUACAUUGACUGUCAAUGAUGCAACAACACGAUCUCAAUCUAAAGAAACAUUAUCAUCAGAAUCUGACACCCAAUCAACAUGUAGCACUCUGUCACGGCCACGCCCUGUGCCCAGGCGUCGACCCAAAAGACCAGACACUAUGGGAUCAGACCAGUAUGUUUCUAUGAAUAGACCCAAUACAUCUGUUACUUUAGGUGAAGAGCGUCUGAGGGAAGUUUAUAAUAAAGUGACAGGUAUAAAUUUAAAGGCUUUACAAGAUGUGUAUGCACAGACCGAAGGAAUACUCUCCGCUGAAAAACUGACAUUAUUAAGCCCCCAAAUGUUGAAGUGGCAAGAUUUUGAUGUUUAUGGACAACCUCUACAUUCAUCCGAAAGAUGUAUAGUAUAUAAUGCUAAAUAUAAAGCCACCAGUGCCCCUUGUCAACUUAUGUUGUUGCAUUCCCGACCAGCUACAGAGAUGAGUACCAAUAGUCAUCCGAGUUUAUUAAAACCUGUUGCAGUUUUCGCUGACACCAUUCCCUUCACCAGCUUAUCUGAAGAAUUUAUCAAAACCAGUCAAGUUGCCCAAAAUUCCAUCUAUGAUACAAAUCUUGCUAAAUGUUUUGUAGCUGUGGGAAGCUUUGAGAUCAUAGAAACUCUAGACAGCCAUAUUGCACUAUUAAAAGAGACCCUGUCUCAUAAUUUGGAUGCAUUAAUGCAUAUCGUAUUAACACUAGCUCUACAAUUAUUAAGCGCUAUGUCUCAUUGUCUAGAUCAAGGUUACACAGUAACCGAACGUGAUUUCCGCGAUGUGUUUUUAUUGUCUCGUGCCGACCUUAGAGGAAAGGUUAUUGCAUUUUUACCACACCAAAGGUCACAUGAUGCACAUCAAGGGGAAGCUAUGUGCUCAUUUAUUGAUCAUUUAUUUAAAGAUGUGACAGCUGAUUAUUUAGAAUUUGAAGAAGACAAUGAAACUCUGGCUACUAUUGAAAAUAUGCGUUUGAUGUUAGAACCACGCAGAGUUGACUGUUUAGCUCAAGUUCGUUCCGUUGUUGAGUAUUUGUUAUGGGGACCAAAUAAAAUGGAUUUAAUUAAUAAGGAGGAAGGUGAAAACAGUAUCGAACAAGAGCUAAGUAUUUGGUUAGAAAUGGAACGAGCACAUGGAUUAGUGCGAUUCGCUAAAAAUGUGUCUGGUAUCUCAAGUGGUGUAACGCUAGAUGAAUAUUAUCGAUUAAAAUUCCUGCUGAAAUCUAGUGCUGUUGGAUUAGCUGAAAGUAUCAGACGUUUACCUAGUUAAUUUAUGUUGUUUACCUAUCAAGAUUUCUUUGUUUACGUUUAUGAUUCAAAAAUGGUGUGUUUCUGAAUAUUUAAAGUGAUCUACUUCACGAUUAAUGUUUUAAGUAAAGAAUCAAUGUGUUGUAAAUGAACUGUUUGUUAUUAUACCUGUAUAUAGUUCUGUAAUUACUCUCAUUUCUUCAUGAAAAAUAUCUCAGACUUUUUAAAAAAGUAAGAGUAUUUUUAAAUAUUAAUAUCAUAAUGGUGCUAGAAUAUUUAGAUGGUUGUUGUCAUGGUAUUUAUGUUUAUGUUUUUUAAAGAAUAGAUUUCACAAGAUUGUCAUUUAAAUGUGUGAAUGAUGAAUAAUAUAUUGGAAUCACAUGUAUAUAUGAUAGUCAGCUGUUUAAUUUGUAGACUAAUAUUAAUAGAAGCUGUUAUCAACUUCUUCAGAUUUUUAUUUCAUUUUUGCAUACUUGUUGGUAUAAUGUGCAAUCUAAACCAAGUGAUCAUUGGAUCACUUUAGUCCUGUUUUCAGUUACCUCCUUGCAUCUUUUUUGUCGAUUCUGACUUCAAAACAUCAGAUUGUUGGUGUUGUUACCAAAAUUUGUAUAUUGUUAGGGUGCCAAAAAACUUUUAUAAUUUUAAGGCAUCAUUUUAGUCAGUAAACAUAACUUUUGUGGGAUGUAGUAAUUCUUAUUUAAACCAUGCGAAAAGUGUCAACAAUUCCAUCGCUGUGUUAAAUUGAACAAGGGGAGAUAAUAAUGCCUGGGAAAAUUAUGUAAAAAAAAAAGGUAUAAUGUUGAAUAGAUUUCUAGGUCUUGUUUCAAGGCAUAGGCCAAAUCUACUGAGUGUUGUAUUUAUAUUUUUAAUGAAACAAGAUUUUUAUGCUUUAUGACAUUUAUGUUAUAAAUAGUUUAAUAAUUAAGGUAUCAACAAUGUGUGUAUAAAAUUUAUACAUGUAGUUUGUAUUUUUACACCAAUAAUGUAUGUAUUACUAUUAUGUGCAAGCCCGCAAGGAAUGAUGUUGGAUAAAAAUAAUAGAGGAAUGAAGAAACUUAUGAUUAUUACAUUUUAUACAUCUAGAUUGUUUUGUAGUGUCAUAAUAUAUGCGGUGAAAAUGCUUAGUUGAUCUUCUGUGUUUGUAAUGAUGCUUUGCUUAAUGAUAGUUAAGGCCAGCUUUUGGAGAAAAAGGAGUAAGGAGUUGGAAAUUAAUCAAAAUGUUCUUUCACCAAUAUCGCUGCCAGAGAAUUUAAAUUUAACAUAGACAAGACUUGAGACCUAGAGCAUUUUUGCAAUCAGUGUGCCAAAGUAAUGUUUAAGAAUUAAAAGCUGUUUCUUUAAUUACAUAGUGACCAACUGUUUAUGUGAUUUAUUAUGGAAAGUCAGAAAAAUCCAUGAUAAACACAUUAGUAUGGGCUAAUCUUUAUAAAAUCAGGUAACAUUUUUUUUACCUUGAAAAAUUUAUCAUGGUUAAUAAUACCAUUUUAAGCUAUAUGUAUGUAACACUUUAUAUCUUAACAGAAUACAUUGUUAACAAAUCCAAGAUUCUGUUCAUUUUUUUAUCUAUUGACUUUUUCCUGUUAAGUUUCUUUGUUAGAUGCAUUGGCCAUCAAAAUAAGUUAAUUUCAAAAUCAAAUGCUUAAAUUUGACAUACACAGAGUUCGGUGUUAUUUGUAUUUCUUGGUCACAACUACACAUUUUACUGGUAUGAUAUAUGUAUUGUAUGAUUCAUUGUAAUGACUGUAUCAAUGUUUGUCUAUAGUUUCUGUGCAAUAUGAUACAUUUAUAUUUUUGUUAUAUUCAGAUUUAACAAAAUGUUAUAUCAAUGAGUUGUGAGUUAAACAUCCUUCCAAAUAUUUCAUCAAAAUAAAAGGUUUUUGUAUUAACCAUUGACUAAAAACUCAAUGAACCGUAACUGAUGUCUUGGCCUGUUCUUUCUUAAGGUUUCUCUUAUUGAUGACAAAGAGGCUGCUAAUAGUUAUUAGUUACACUAUAAAAGAUAAAAAAAAAGUGGUUUAAAAAAUUAAAAUUUUCACGGUCAUCUUCUUAGUCAUCAUUGUUCAUUUGCCAUCUGUCAUUGUUUAUUUGGAUUGAGUAAAACAAGAUGUAAGGGUGAUCUUACAUGAACAAAAAUCUCAUAGAAUUAAAAUGGAGUUAAUAAAUUUUAGUUCAUAUGGUAGUAGAUUUUGCAUUUGUACUUUGUGUUUUUAUACGCCCAUGUGGAAAUGUAGACGUAUGACGUAUAUUGCCGUCGCCCCAGUCCGUCUGUCGGUCGGUCCGUCCGUCCAUCGUCCACAAUUUCGUGUGAAUGCUCUAACACCAAAAUUUAUUAUCCGAUUGUUUUAAAAUUGAUAUACAUUAGUGAGAUAAAGAAGCCUAUUUAAUUUCAAUAAUUUCCGUUUAUUACGUCUAGAGUUAGGGCCCUUGUUUCACUUUGUUGAACCUUGUGAACGCUCUUACACCAAAAGUUAUCAUCCAAUCUUUGUGAAAGUGAUAUGCAUUAUUUAAAUUAUUGAAACCAUCAAGCCUAUUGAAUUUCAGCAAUUUCCGUUCCUUAUGUCUAGAGUUAUGGUCCUUGUUUCACUUUAUUAAACCUUGUGAACGCUCAAAUGCCAAAGGUUAUCAUUCGAUCUUUGUGAAAUUUAUGUGCAUUAUUUCCGUUUAUUAUAUCUAGAGUUAUGGUCCUUAUUUCACUUUAUUGAGCUUGUGAACGCUCAAACACCAAAGGUUAUCAUCCGAUCUUUGUGAAAUUUAUAUGCACUAUUUAAAUUAGUGAAACGAAGAAGCAAUUUCCCUUAAAUACUUUUAGAGUUAUGGCCCUUGUUUCACUUUGUUGCACAUUGUGAACGCUCUAACAUCUAAAGUUAUCUGCCGAUCUGUAUGAAAUUUAUAUGCGUCAUUUAAAUUUGUAAAAGGAAGAAUCCUAUUGAAUUUCAGCAAUUUCAGUUUAUUACUACUAGAGUUAAAGCCCUUGUUUCACUUUGUUGCACUUUGUGAACGCUCUAACAUUUAAAGUUAUCUGCUGAUCUGUAUGAAAUUUAUAUGUGUCAUUUAAAUUAGUAAAAAGAAGAAUCCUAUUAAAUUUCAGUAAUUUUCAGUUAUUUAGUUUAGAGUUAUGGCUCUUGUUUCACUUUGUUGAACAUUGUGAACGCUCUAACGCCAAAAGUUAUUUAUAUACAUCAUUUAGAUCAGUGAAAACCACAAAGCCUUUCGAAUUUGAGCAAUUAACAAUAAUUACUUCUAGAGUUAUGGCCCUUGUUUCACUUUGUUCAACCUUGUUAAUCCUCAAUUGAUGAAAGUUAUCAUACGAUCUGUAUGAAAUUUAUAUGCAUUAUUUAAAUUAGUAAAAUGAAAAAGCCUGUCAAGUUUCAAAAUUUUCUGUGCAUUACUUCCAGAGUUAAGGCCCUUAUUCCAGUUUGUAGAACCUUGUGAACCUUCAAACAACAAAAAAUAUAAUCUGAUCUGUAUGAUCCAAUUACCUACAAAAGAAUAAAUAUGCGGCAACCCUUGUCGACCGCUCGGACAAUUUAGCUGCUGUGGGCGUAUGUUUCGUUGCCUGGAAACCUAUCCUGUGUACUUUACACAGGCCCAUAAUAUGUUCAAGUUCAAUUUUACAUUUUCUUUUCAAAAUCGAGUUUUCAAUAUUAUUAAGAAUCCUAAACAGUAUGUACGACAUAUACCAGUACAAAUUAAAAGCACAUUGUUUGUAAUAAGAAUUUAUAUUAGUGCAUUUAACACGUAAUUGAAAUAUUAUUAAUUCUAUAUUGAUAAGAGUGAAGAUGGUUGAAGAAAUGAUUAUGAUAUAUGUAUAUAGAUCUUCUGUUGUGUUAAUAUUCUCAGACAGUAUGCAUAGUCUUUCUCAGAUUUAUGUCAUGUAAUUCUUUUGCUGUUUGCAUUGAAGCUUUAUAAUGGUGUAUAUCUUGUUAAUUGUUACUGAAAUAUGAUUUUAGGCUAGAAACACAACAUUUGACAACAUUUUGGUACAAAAUCAUGAUUCUUAACCACAGUUUAUUUUAAUUGUAACUCUCCAGACCAAUUAGCUAAACUGGGAUACAACAUUUCGACUCUGCAGUCCUGAUAUACAUUUUAAUGUGUACAAUCAUAUUUUAAAGAUCUACAAUAAAAGAAAUAAAUAUGAGAAUAUUGUGAUGUACUAUAUUGACACUAUUUGACAGAUUGUGUAUACCAUAUAGAUAUUAUAUAGUCAUAUUGAUAUACCUGUUUAAGUAUGUAUGGACCAUUAUACAGAAAGUCAUAAAAAUAUGUAUUAAUAUUUAUUUAUACACCAUGGUUAGUAGUUAGAUAAUAUCCAGUAUCAUUCGUGUCCUUAAAUCCCAUGUAUUAACCACCAAUUUUAUUUAUAUGACAAGAUGACAGAUAGCCAAUAUUUAGUACAUGUACAUGUUGUGGAUCCCAAUGUUUAAGUACCCAACUUACAAUUUAUACACCUCUUCUAUUUAUUUGUAGUUUUUGACAUGGUUUUUUUUUUGGUUUUUUUUUCUCGUUUUAUUGUGUUAACUUGUAGUCUGAUGUGUAAACAUUUAUUUUUACUCUGUGAUAUUCUGCAUCUUUUUUUUUUACAAAAAAGUGUAUCCACUUAUAAGCUCACAAUCUUCAAUGAUGCAUGUAUUAGCAUUAAGCAUAUUCUAACCUUUUUUCAAUAAAAAGAAUUCUUCAUAAUCUCA